AUGGGAAACUGCGGAUGUGUGCUGGAUGUGGCAGCUGAAGCUGAAGUGAUUGCAACUCCAAAGACAGAGCUAAAGGUGGCGCUGGAAGAUGGUGUUCAUUCACAAUCUUCGCAAUCUGAUGUAAACGACGAUGCCGAAACUUCUGCAGGAGGUUCUGAUGGAACUGCAUCUGCGCACGGCUCUUGUGACAUCCUGGAGCCCAUGCCAACCUUACUUUUGUCGUCGAGUAUCGAUUCGUCCCGCAGUCUGGCAACCGUCAGAAGCGCUUCCACCGAUUUUAAUGGAACGUGGAUUUGCUCGCGGGUCGAAGGGGCCUGGGAAGAUUUUCUGCGCGAACGCGGGACUCCAUGGGCAAUGCGCAAAGUUGCCAAAGGCCUAGACUAUGGAGUGGGCAAGCAGAUGCAGACGAUCGUCCAGCAUGGAGAUGAGUUAGAGAUCGUCAACUACACUGCCACAUGUCCUCCGAGGGAGGAUAAGUGCACCAUCAAAGCAGAUGGCUCAGAGCAUGAAGUUUUUGAUCCAGAUGGGCUGCAUUACAUGCAGAGGACCCAAUGGGAUGGCAAAGUCUUAAGGUCCGAGCAGGUCAACUGUGAGGGACAGCCACCCGUGAUCCUGCAGCGAUUCAUGCAAGGUCAUGAGAUGUGUACAGAACGGAUGACAGCCCAUGGUGUGGUCGUCCGUCGAUUCUAUCGUCGCAUUUAA